AUGCUCAAAGGAAUGGGCCAUGACGGCGCCCAGGACACUACAAAACUAGCCAGCCUCGCCGAGACCAAGCGGAAAAUCGCUGGAAAAGAAGGCACACAGACCUGGGUGUUAGCCAGGCGUUCCCGAGGAACCGCAGAGACAGGCCACCGCUGCCCCCUUCUUCCCGGCGCGCCGGCCGCCGGACAGGGUUCUUCCCUUCACCACGGCGAGGAUCGCGUCCAGGCUAGAAGGACUUGGGUAUGCGUCUAG